AAAAAAAAAAUGUCUAAAGAUUUUUUAAAAGUUAAGUAUGAUGAACAAAACAAAAUAUGGAAAUCUGAAAAUUAUCCUUAUAAGAAACAAACAAAUCGUACAGUAGGUGAAGCUUUUCUACAAUCAAUGAGAUCUUUAGAACGUGACAAAAUUCUAGAAUAUCAUUAUGAUGUGGAAAAAGAGAAAUCGGUUAAAGAUCUUUAUCAGGAGUCCAUAAUAGUGUCUAAAAAUUUACAACGCUUGGGUAUGCAAAAAGGAGAUGUUGUAAUGUUAUUUUCGGGUUACAACUAUUGGACUUCUUCCAUAACAUUUGGCACUUUAUUAAUGGGAGGAGCGGUGAACUAUUUUGAAGUAAAGUUGGAAAAUGAAAAUAUCGACAAAAUGUUUGAUGUAAUACAACCCUUUAUGAUUCUCUAUGAAUAUGUGUUUCUUGAGAAAAUUUUAAAAUCCUUAAAACGUCAAAAGCCCAAAUCAUUGAAAUAUCUAUUAGCUAUUGAUAAAUCUAAUACCCCCAAUAUAUCAAGUGAACUUUUGAAGUCUUGUGGCUCUAUAGAUUUCGAUCAAUUUCAAUCGCUUGAAAUAGCAAAUCCUCAGGAGGAAGUGGCAUUUUUAGUUUUGACUUCCGGCUCAACUGGUUUACCUAAAGUUACACAACUUUCCCACUGCUUACUGCUAAAUGGAGUCUAUGUAUGGUGGGCUAAUGAUAACAAUUAUGCACCUAUUGACAGCAAUUCUUUGUUAUUUUCCUUAAGUCCCUUACGUUGGAUAAGUCAAGUGGUUUUGCUCUUACAAUCUGCUCUUCUGGGCAUAAGACGUAUUUGUGCCAAUAAAGCCGCCACUGGGGCCUAUGGUUUGGAGAUUUUACGUACAACUAAACCAACACAUAUAUUUUCAGUACCCUCCUUCUUUUAUGAGUUAUUGCUGCAACUUAAAGAAGACGAUACGGAAAGUUUAGAUUCUCUAAAAUACAUACAAUUGGGUGGAGAAACUCCUUCUAGGGUUAUAAUAAAUUUAGCAAAAAGUCGAGCUAUAAAUAGUAAAUUAUUUUAUAGCUAUGGCAUGUCAGAGGUAUCCUGUUCCAUUACCAACGAUGAGCUUAUAAGUGGUGGCAAAUUGCAGCCCGGUUUUGAAAUGCAAAUUUUAGAUGAGCAACUAAAACCUUUAAGUCAUAAUCAAAAUGGCAGAUUAGCUAUAAAAACACCUUAUCCGUUUGUGGGCUAUAAAGGAGAAAAUAAUAGUCAAUAUUUUCUUGAAAAUGGUUUCUUUUUAAAUGGCGAUUAUGGUUAUUUUGAUGACGAUAAUACGCUGCACUUUUUGGCUCGUUUAAAGGAUUUAAUUAAAUAUCAAAAUGUUUUAUUGAUACCAAAUUUAGUUGAAAAUUUGGUUUUAAAUCUAACCGAAAUUUCCAGUGUCUGUUUGGUGGGCUAUCGUCGUUCGGAGGAGGAUUCUAAUGAAGUGGCUGCUUUGUUUGUUAUUUUAAAAGAGGGUGUUUCUUCUAGUGUUGAGGAGGUUUCCUUAAAAAUACGGGAUAUUUUGUUGAACAACUUAUCGGAAGAUCAAGUUCUAUUGAUACAUGAUAUUUAUGUUAGAGAAAGCUUUCCUUUGACAUCCUGUGGCAAAAUUGAUCGUUUUGCUUUGAGGAAGUUGGCUUUAAAAGCAUCGCAAUGAAAUUAAAUGGAAUGGAAUUUGUUUAAAGUUCGAUUGUAAAACUGUUGAAUUAAUAUUGAUUAGAAUAAAUAAAAGGUAUUUUUAAAAC